CGACCCCAGCCUUGAGUGCCGCGAUUCCUGCGAAUGGCACCAUUAUAUUGGACAUGAUGGAGCACUCUGCUGCUUAUAUCUUCAACCAGAGUGAAGUAUCCGACGAGCUGGCUGUCGGCUACCUUCAGGUGGAGAAAGGCAAGUCGCCACUUCUCGCCCAGACGUGGGAUGCAGCAGUAAUGUUCCGGAGGAACACCUCCAGGCUGAGACAUAUCCAGGUACCAGACGGACUUAGAGAAGAACAUGUGUUGGCUGUCAUUGCCUAUACUGUACAUAGCGGCCUCUUCAGCAAGUUCAACGAAGCGCUGAGACAGUACGGGACUUGCGACUCGCUCUACGCCAAGAUGUUCCCUUUUAAAAGUUUCCAUUACCUUCUCUCCAUUGCGCUCGAGCGAAUUGGAAAGAACAGCAGGGCGGAGCCAGUCACCACCUACAGAGGGAUGCAGAUGCAGGCUGUGGCACAGCCGGGACACAACAUGAAAUUUGGAUACUUCGCAUCUUCCUCUCUCAAGUCGAACAUCGCCCAUAUGUUCGGUAAUAAAACACUAUUGAUCAUAAGAUCGCGGAUGGGCGUCAAUAUCGCCAAAUACUCGGCUUUCGAGGGUGAGGAAGAGGUGCUGAUCCCUCCCUAUGAGGUCUUCAAUAUCACGGAGUACCGCCCACGUACUGACGGGGUUAAUGUUUCACUUGACGCAGUUGUGAAGAGCAAUGGGAUACAUGUCAGAGUGGAGCGGGGCCCGGGCUGCGAGAUGCGGGUGACGAGGAGCGCUGCCACCGCUAUAUCCGCUCUGGGGCUGUACUGUGCCCUGGCGCUACUGGCUUCCACUUUCAUGUGAGGACACUGAAUCAAACGGAAGCGAAACAGGCCACUCGGCCCGUCUUGUGCAAGAUGCCCUGUUUGCUUGCCACAUUUUGUCUCUGUCACACUCAACCUUUCAGAUCCAUGUAACUGUCCGAAUGUAUUUUAGCAAUGAGAGA